AGUGUAUUUUCAUUUUGUUUAUAGUGGGAAGUGGCUUUAUACCCAUGCACAAGGAAUUUCUUAUCCAGGGGGUAUGUGCCUGCCCUAUUAUUCCUGCAGUGUCGUCAAGGACCUUUUACCUGACCUUAAUGUGAUUGCAAGCCGAAUGGCCCAUCAGCUGGGGCAUAACCUUGGGAUGCAGCAUGACGAGUACCCAUGUGCCUGCACACUGGGAACAUGUGUGAUGGAUAAAGGUGGAAGUUAUUCUACCAAUAAUCCAGCAUGCAUGUUUAAUGUUCCAUUUACUGAUAACUCAAAUGAUUCUCCAUCUUGUGGAAACAAGAACUUGGAUGAGGGAGAAGAAUGUGAUUGUGGCCCUGCUCAGGAGUGCACCAAUCCUUGCUGUGAUGCCAACAAGUGUCUGUUGAAGCCAGGAUUUUCUUGUGCAGAAGGAGAAUGCUGUGAAUCUUGUCAAAUGAAAAAAGCAGGGUCCUUAUGCAGACCAGCAAAAGAUGAAUGUGAUUUUCCUGAAGCGUGUACGGGCCACUCCUCUGCGUGUCCACAGGACCAAUUCCAAGCCAAUGGAACUCCUUGCAAGAAUGCAAAAGGCUACUGCUUCCUGGGGAGAUGUCCCACCCGGGACGACCAGUGCUCCGAAUUAUUUGAUCAUGAAGCAAAAGGAAGUCCUGAUAUCUGCUACAUCAUGAAUAAAAAGGGAGAUAAAUUCGGAUACUGCAAAAGCAAGAAAAGCAAAUUAAUUCCCUGUGAAGACAAAGACAUCAAAUGUGGAAAGAUAUACUGCACCGGAGGGCAGCACUCAUCUUUCCUUGGAGAAGAAAAGAUUUAUCAUAUGAAGGUCCCAAAGAAGAAUGUCACCACUGACUGCAAAACCUUUUAUUUAUACCACAAUCCGAGAGACUUGGGCCUGGUUGCUCCUGGAACAAAAUGCGGAGAUGGAAUGGUGUGCAUCAAUGGUGAAUGUGUGAAUUUUGAGAAGUUCUACAAUUCAACUAAUUGCUCCUUUCAGUGCAAUGAAAAUGCUGUGGAUGGCAGUGAGCUCCAGUGCCAAUGUGAGGAAGAAGAGAUAAUUGUGGAAUGGGAAGAAUCCUUAAAUGUUACCAAUAUCUCCAUCCUGGUUGUAGUCCUUGUCCUGGGUAUCAUCGGUAUUGGGGGAAUCGCAUUUUUAAUUCGCUACCUAAACUGUAUUAAAUUGAAGCAAGUUCAGAGCCCACCUCAAGAUAGACUGGGAGUGGAGAAUAAAGGAUACUUUGGUGAUGAGCUGCAAACCAGGACUGAGCCAAUCUUACCUGAUAUUCAUCCUCUACACAAACCUGCAAGUAGAGAGUUAAGAGGACUUGAAGAUUCCAAUCCACAUGCCAAAAUGAACCUGACAGAGAAGUCAGAGGGUUACAAGAAUUUCAGAAAAUUUACUCCAGCAGAGAAGAAAUGCGAUUUCCAUGAAGGGCUUGUGAGAUCCUUAACUCCUACUGUGAAUGGACAGACCUGCCCAACCUGCAGUGUAAGUACCUCUGUCUUCCACCUUAGACCCAUGAACUUCUUGCUGCCCUGCCCCAUGCACAGCUUGAGAACUCUUCCUGAUGCUGGUUCUGUCUACACUAAGACUGAACCUCUGACAGCCCUGGAUGCGGUGUCCUGGCGUCCAGCUCUCCUCUGCAGCUGA